GUGGAGAUGGGGGGGGGGGGUUUCCCUUGUGUGUAUUUCCUCUCUCUCUCUCUCUCUCUCUCUCUCUCUCUCUCUCUCUCUCUCUCUCUCUCCCUCUCUCUGUUACCUUAUCCAUCUCUAUCUCUGGCACUGACCAACCAGCUCUCCAGAGCUAAGGAGGAGAAGAGACAGACUCGACUGCAAGGGAUUGACAGACAGAAGGACAGACAGACAGAGUGACGGGUCCUCGUUGGGGACCUGGAAAAAGUUGAGGACAUUUCUGUCGUGGAUGACAGCUGAGAGAGAGGGGUCCUGUGUAAAGGUUGGCUGUGACAGCAGUGUUUCCAUGGCUCUGGAUGGUUUCAACAAUCUCCUCCACAAACUGAGGGAGUCCCACGACCGAGAGGUCCAAAAAUGGCAAGAGAAAUUGCAGGAGCUAACCAAUAAAAAGGGCUGUGACACAAAGAGAAUGGAGGAGCUGUUCAACAGGAACCAACAGCUGAGAGAGCAGCAGAGGUUACUCACAGACAACAUCAAACAGCUGGAAAACAGGUUGAGGGCGGGGCUGUGUGACAGGUGUACUGUGACUCAGGAUGUGGCCAAGCGCCGGCAGCAAGAGUAUGAGACCUCUCAGAUCCAGAGCCUACAGCACAUCUCCAUCCUGGCUGGAGAGAUGAACAUGAUGAAAAAGGAGAACCAGAGGCUGCGAGAGGAAGUCAGGCAUCUGAGAGUGGCACUAGAAGGUCAGAGUGGAAAUUCCUCCUCCCAGGAUGCAACUCCAGAGGUCAGACAUUCGGCUGACCUUUCACCUUCUGCUAUGCCACACAUCCUCACAGCCUUCAGGUCUUUUAAUCAGCCACCAGAGGGCGCCACUGCAGGGCUGUCCAUAGUGAAGACUGAGACAGACCACAGCCUCUCUUUUAGAGUUGACGAGACACGACCUGAAUGCAGAGAUGUGAGGGGAUUGAAUGGAAAACCGUCCUAUGAAUCCCAUAAGCUCCUAUCCAUGUCCACUCCCAUCACACAAGCAUUGAGGCCAGAGCACAGUACAGCCAGAGGCAACACUGGGCAGAAGAGAGCCCAUAGUGUGGAGGUGGUUGGUCAGCAACGCUCCCCUGUCGCUCCCACCAUUCCACACCCCCUACUUGUCCAGAAAGACAGGCCUCUCCCCUCUUCAUCCUCCUUCUCAUCCUCCUUAUCCACCUCUUCCUCUCUACCUGGAGAUGAGAAGCACAGCCGUCACCUGGUCCAUGCUCCGGUCCCUUACUGGCCGCUCCCAAUCAAAAGUGCCCGUCUCUCCCUCCCCUGGCCCCUGCCGGAGCACUCCGACUGGGUCACCGUGGCCACCUCUGUGGACGACGGUUUGGUGUCCCAAUCCAAACAUAACCCCAACCUACCACGCUUCCCCAAUCUACAGACCUACGUCCAGCAGAACAGCAGCCUUGGGAAGGCCUGGCUCAAGCCCAGCCACCCUCCCCAGGCCAGCCUGACCAGGAGUCUGUCCACUGAGCACGGAGAGAGACCAACAGCAUGGAUACAGGACCAUGACAGGAGGGUGGCGUCACACUCGUGGAGGGAGGCAGUGGUGCAGGCAGAGAUGGUGUUCGGGGAGAGUCUGAAAGAGGCUGACUGUCCUCUGGAUCUGUCUGAUCCUGGGAGGUCCAAAAGCAUUAAGUCGCUACAGGACAGCAAGGCCAGCCCCACACUACAGGACAGCAAGGCCAGCCCCACACUACAGGACAGCAAGGCCAGCCCCGCUCUACAGGACAGCAAGGCCAGCCCCGCACUUCAGGACAGCAAGGCCAGCCCCGCGAUACAGGACAGCAAGGCCAGCCCCACGCUACAGGACAUGUACAUAGAAGGGGAGACAUCUAACAGGACCACCAGGACAGACUCCCCGCCACAGAGCCAGGCCUGUCCCCCCUCUUCCUCAUCCUCAUCCUCCUCUUCCUCCACACCUGCACUUCCUACAUCCUCCUCUUCUACACGUUCCACCAUCCAACAGAGGCAAAGCCCCAACAACCACAACCUUAAGGAGGAAGAGCAGCCAGAGAAGGAGGAAGCUGAGGGGAAAGUAGAUCAAAAGACAGGAAAGGCUGAGGACAGGAAAGUCCCCGUUCUGACCAUCUCAUUGCGCCCAGUGGUGCUCCUUGAGGCUCUGAAUUCUGGAUUGCAGAAGCAACUUUUCUCCAACGGCAAGGUUUUCAAGACCUCUGAUGAGAAAAGGCUACCCUUCCUGUUGGAGCACGGGCAGAGAGCUUUCGAUGUCAGAAAGAGGAACAAGGCAUUGUGGUCCCCAGGAGGACCUCUCUCAGCUGUGUUCCACCCUGACUGCAACGGAGAUGGCGCCCUCACGGGGACAGAGGUGCAGGCAGUGCCAAAGACUUGGACAGAACGUCUUCCAUCUGACUGUUGUCCUCAUGGUUCUAGCUAGUGGGCUUUAUUCAUUUCAAUGGAAUAACCUUGAUAAUGACUAACUAGAUAGUAACAUUGUGAUACAUAUUGAAUCCUCCUCCAACUGAUAAAGAUUUUCCUUCACACUGACUUCCUGCUGUUGUCCCUGAAGGGGAAUAAGUCUGCUGCAGCAAAUACUUUAUUCUCUUCUCUCUCUCUCUCUCUCUCUCUCUCUCUCUCUCUCUCUCUCUCCCUCUCUCCCUCUCUCCCUCUCUCCCUCUCUCUCUCUCUCUCUCUCUCUCUCUCUCUCUCUCUCUCUCUCUCUAUCCCACUCUCUCUCCCUCUCUCUCUCUCUCU